GAUAGAUAGAUAGAUAGAUAGAUAGAUGGACGGACUUGCAUGGUGGAUGCACAGUGUAAUCUAACAUUAAUAUACAGAUCAAAAAUGUUUACAAAGAAAAAUAUAGAAUUGUUGAUGGUCAUGUUUUGUGUAUUUUGUGCUUGUUCUGUAACGAUCCAUUAAAAAUACUGAUUUAAGGAAAACGGCUUUACAAUAGAGGGAUAAAGGUACAAAUUGUUUUGAGGAAUGGUACAGGAAAGUAAUUUCCCUCUGAAAAGUAUUUCCCUAUAUCUUUUGAGCAAUAUGAAACGAUAACUUCGAGCUGAUUGGACAUUUCAAAUCUUACCCAGUUCACAGUAUCAGGAAGUUUCAGAUGUGUUGCUCUUCCAGUUUAGUUAGAUAGAUAGACUUAGACAAAGGGAAAUAAAAAUCCAAAGCAUUUCCAUCUACAAUCAUGAUAAUACAGUAGAUAGCAGAAAGAAUGCCGAGGUACCAGAGGAUGAUUAUGCAGAUAGAACCAGUGAAACCCUCCAUAGGAAGUAACUAGGCAUCAGGGUCAGUCCCUGACACCUGACAAUCCAACACCUGAUCAUCAAACCCAUCAUAAGCUCCUCUGUAUAUCCUUUCCACUAGAUGUUGAAGCGUGGCUAUGAGGAUUUGUGAUCAUCAGACACAAGAAAUUUAGGAACCUAGGGGUGUUCAGGCUUUGGUUUAUCUCAAAGGUGUUCAGAGGGAUUGAGUCAGAAUCAGGUCUUUGUACAGGACAUUUGAGUUCUUCACCUUCAAACUCAACAAAUCAUUUUUCAUGGAGCUUAUUUUGUGUAAUGCUUUGUGAUUAGCCUUGUAUCUUCUUCAGGAAACCCAGUUACUGUUGGUGUUCUUGCUUGCAAUACUCUGUAGUAUCUCUGAAGUUCUGUGUAUGAAGUCAUGUCAAGUUGAUUAGGGUACCUUGGAACUUUCAAGAGGCUCACAAGCUAAUGAAGUACUCGAAAGGCCCUUAUGAUGAAAGAUUUAAUUCCCCUAAGGGAAAAUACCAACAGGAAGUCCUAAAAAAUGAGACAACAAUAAAGCAGAAAGAAGCUACUAGCAGGGGGUAAAGAGACAUUCAGAAGGAAGGAAGGAAUGUCGCAAGAUGCAAGUCAGAAACCUAAAUGUCCAGCUCGUCCACCACCACCUGACCCCUCGAAGCUACGAACCUUACGACUUUCCAGGCUCGGGCACACGGACGAAUUACAAGCUAAAACGUGUGAUCUAUCACUGGAGGAUCAAAACAUUCCUACAUACAUAGAUGUGUUGUCUGACAAGUUGCCUGCUAAGGAUGUAGCUCCUGCCAGGCCACCACCUCCAGUAUUGACGAGAUCAUUUACCUAUCAGUCCAAAGAGACAAAGGAUUCAAACAGUCUUGCAGAGACGACGGACAUCGAAAAUACGGAAACAUCUUGGUCUAACGGGAACCAUGUGGAAACAGAUGACGGUUCGUUAUACGCCGAUGUUCUUUCCAACGAGAGAAGGCUCAGAAAUUGUCCCACCCCUCCUCCUCGUCCUGUUGUUCCGCCUCGGCUGACAUUUCGACGAAAAUCAGUGCUAUGCCAGUCCCAGUCGGCCGGGCCUACUGAACAUGUUUAUGAAAGCAUUGACGAUGUUUUGUCACAGCAUAAAGGUGGAGAGAGAAGAUUAUCCACUGGCCUAACAAGAAAAGGACGUUUUACUACUUACCACUCAUGGAGUGAAGUAUCUAGUGUGGACGGAGACCGCACUGCAAGGGAGCUGGAUAUCUUGUUAGAGUGGUGGAGAAGUAUAGGAGGGUUGGAGAAUCUACAAAGCUCUCAACAAGAGGAAACAAAAUCAAAACCGCUGAUCUCUGUGGCACAAAGGGUAAAAACAGCAAUGCGUCUGUAUGAGCUGCUUUUAGUUCAGCGUUGCACUGACUUGCUGAACAAUGUCACAGAGCUCCACUGCACUGCGAACAGUCUUGUCAAGUCGAAUAAGAAGGCUCGACUUGCCAAGCUCACUGGAGGCACCACGGGUGCGGUUGGUGGUGUUACUAUUGCAGCAGGCCUUGCUCUUGCCCCACUGACCUUUGGAGCCUCGUUGGUGGCAACCGGUAUCGGCGUCGGAAUCGUUGCUGCAGGAGGAGUCACGGGGGCAUCAGCAUCCUUCAGCAAAAAAAAGAAAGGCAAUUGGUUAAAGGACAAGGUGGAGAAAAUCAUAAACAGCUACAAAACCCAGAUAGAAGAUAUUCUAGCAUGCCUCAGGUUUAUUGAUAUAGGAAUGGAGCAGCUCAGAAAGGAGGAUAACACCAAGCUAAAUGAAAUGGGUGAUCAGUUGGCGAAAAUAGGCAGAGUUGCUCAGGAAAUGGAAAACGUACACUCCAUGGAUGUCAUAAGUGAUUGUUUUGGCAUCCUGGAGGAUUUGGAUUUCUAUUUCUUAGAGGAGGAUGAUCCAAAAACUAAGAAGAACUCUAACACCCAGCUUGCACAGAAAGUCUAUGAGGUGGCUGACAAACUCAAAGAGUGUGUGGAUCAGCUGAUACGGAUUAAAAACCUCUUUCGAUCAGUAAAUGAUAGCGUUUGAUUAAAAUGAUACGUUUUGUAAGUUAUUGCAAUGUAUGUAGUUUUUUUCAUAUAUGUAUGUUUGUUUUUAUUAUAAUAAACCCUUUUACUUUC